AUUGGGCGGUCAAGCCGAUUCCUUCCUUUCUUCCUUCCCUCUAUUCCGCUCACUGUCCUCCCCCUCCUCCCGCCUCGCAUUCCCAGGCUUCCUUCUUAAUCAUUACACUCAAUUCAAUGCCCUCCCCUUCUCUUACUCGGUUAAUCUCCCAUGGCUGAUCUCAUUAACGCCUCGCGUCGGAUUAAGGUCACCUCGUCCAUAUUCCUUACGCUGUCGCCCUCACGGUCAAUUCACUCUGCUUCCGAACAGCGAGUUAAACUCUGCGCUCGUCGUCAAUGCCGAGGCAGCAGACAGCAUUCAAGUCCCGCUACCACUGCCACUGCUACUAAAUAAUCCGUCCCCUAGCUGAUCAAGUAAUCCUGCUGCAGUGGAGUGAGCAGACCGGCUGGAGUUUAGGCAAGCAAACGAUAGUGAAUCUGAGAAGCAGCGUGACUCAUGUUUGCAUUUGUAGUCAGUCGUAGAUGAGGGAGGGAGGGAGGAGUGCGUCCGUCCGUACGUGUAAGCACAGUCCAGGGCGAUAGAUAGCUCAUCGGGAAUCGAAAAAAAAUGAGAGUGGAAGAAGACGUAGACUCGACUGGGAAGCAAAAGAUCUCUGCAGCAGUCGGUGGAGUCGCCCCCGUUUCCCGUAACCCGGGACCCACCUCACACGACGUCAUCCUUCGCCGAAUUAGUGGCCCCGGGAGUCGACGACCCGUUGCUUGGUUCCACCCACGUCAUUGAAGGUUCUCGGGUGCAAUGCGGGGGGAGAGAGAGGAGGAUGGCGGUUUCGUGUGGGGGUGGGGACGGUUGCACAGGCGCCUUAUUUAACGGAGCGGUCACGGACGGCAUCACCGGAGACUCGAUCUCGGCCGUCCAUCGGCAACGUUACGGCUCCAGAUGCCUGCGUCUUGCCUCAGCUUUUCUUCUCUCUCUCUGCCAUCGAGAAAGAGAAAGCAGUGUUAUUCCCUGCCGUUUUGUUCUCUACUGCGUGUUUUUUACCCCUUUCGUGGCAUUCUGCGGCUGCCGUCGCUAACCACGAAGCGCUUUUGCUAAUGAAAUGAUGAGCGGAAGAGGAAAGAAAGAUCAACGUCUCCUUUGCGCGCGCAUACAAACAGUGCGGUCGCAUGGGGAAGGGAUCGAGGGAAGGAGAGUGUUGUCGUGAACGGCGUGUAGCAAGUCACAUAUAAAAGCUCUCCCCACCUCACCUCACCUACAUUCGAAUUCACAACCACAACCUGCCCUGCCAAUGCUGCUACUGCUGCGCGUCCAGUUGCAGGACUGCUUCCGCCCUACCUCUUGUGGAAUUGGAAUCCUCAAAGCUACCAUCGCAAUCCCUUGCUUUGGUGGUUUCCUUUCUCUCUCACUCACUCUCUUUACCGUCUUCGCCAUCUUGUGAUCUCGCUUUGUACUUGCUCUUUGAUUCGGAGCAGAAGAUACAGGUGGAUUGGAUUGGAUGUAUAGAUAGCCUCACAAAUUAUUGGACUCUAAAAGACUCAGCAUCGCCCUUUCUCUUCUCGGGCCCUCCUCUCUCUCACUCUCUCUCUCUCCCACCUAAAUUAAUCCACCACCAAUCCAUGUCUCUUGACCCACCACCACCACCAACUGCGGCGCGAUCGGCAUGAGCGGCUUCCGGCCAGACGCCCACGUCGCUCAACAGAGCCGCCGUGACAAGCUCCGCGUCCAAUCCGAUCACUUCCAACCCCCCGCGCGCGACGCUGGCCUUGGUCUCGACUCGAUCAUGUUUCCUUCCACGGCCUCGGCCCCCGCCGCCGAAUUCUCCCCUUCCGGCGGUCAAGUUCCUCUAGGAGUCCCCUCGGCUGCCAUGAUCCUGGGCGACACCGCCCUCCAGCCGCCGCAGUUCACGUGCGACUGGGCGGCGCCGUACUCUCAUCUCUACUACCAUCAGUUCAAACCCAGCGGUUUUAUGACCGGGAUCCACGACACAGUUGCCACAGACAUGCCGUCCGGGAUCGCGCAGGCCCCACCUAGCUCGUGGUCGACGGUCGACGUAUGCGGUGGUAGCGGCGAGUUGCAUUUCUUGGCAGGCUACGCCGGGGACACACAGGGAGGCGCUGCUCCCUUGAUGGGCGCAAGGACACACGUGCCCGUGGGCUGGACUGGCGUUGACGGAGCAAUCGGCGUUGGAGGAACCGAUGCGGGAGGAGCAUCACGAGGCUUGUCAUUAACCCUAGCAUCGAUCACUGCGGCAAGACCUUCCUCCGCGUACCCAAAAAACCCAGUCUGCGAUAGAGCAUUCGGUGGCAACAGUGGAUCACUGCAAGACGUGGUGGGCCGCGGAGCCGGCCCUCUGGGGCCUUUCACUGGCUACGCGAUCGUCUUGAAGAACUCCCGGUUCCUGAGGCCCGCGCAACUGCUGCUCGACGAAUUCUGCGGCGCAGUGACCGGGUCCAAGUUCUCAAAACGGUGCUACAGCUCCUUGGAUCCGGCGUUUGAGAAGGAGAGCGAAUCGAUCGGUUGUGCUAGUGCAUCAUCGACGUCGGCAUUGUAUGGCUCGGCGCCAGAGGAUACUCGCGUUGAGCAAAAAAAUGCCAGGAGUACUUCCACUGCUUCCUCCAAGAUUCACAGUCCGGAGUUCCAACAAAAGAAGACAAAGCUGCUCCAAAUGCAAGAAGAGGUAUGUCGAAGAUACAAACAGUACCAUCAGCAAAUGCAAAUGGUGGUUUCCUCGUUUGAGUCUGUUGCUGGCCUCAGUUCUGCAACACCAUUUUCUUCUCUGGCCCUCAAGGCCAUCUCAAAACAUUUCAGGAGUCUAAAGAAUGCCAUAUCUGAUCAGAUAAGGCAUGUAAGCAAAGCUCUCGGUGAGGAAUUCAUCUCAUUGCCUAGUUCUAUGGCAACUGCACGGCUGAAGUACCUUGAUCAAAGUCUCCAGAAACAAAAGAUGGGCGAAAACAGUACUCUAGGUUUCAUGGACAAUAAUCAACCUGUUUGGAGGCCACAGAGGGGGCUACCAGAGCGCGCGGUGUCUGUUCUAAGGGCAUGGUUAUUUGAGCACUUCCUUCACCCAUAUCCAACUGAUACAGAUAAGCACAUGCUAGCGACUCAGACUGGCUUGUCGAGGAAUCAGGUUUCUAACUGGUUCAUAAAUGCCCGAGUGAGAUUAUGGAAACCUAUGAUAGAAGAGAUUCAUAUGCUCGAGACCAAGGGAAUGGGUGGCAUGGAUCUCAAUUCAACCAACCCAAGAGGUGCAAAGUCCAUGACAGACGAUGGAACAUGUUCCGCCAGCAAUUCGAAGCUCCAGCCACAACAUAUUGGAGGACCAAUCAGCUGCACUUCCAUGGAUCCUGUCUUCAACAAUGAGAGCUGCCGGAAUCUGGAACCGUGGCAAGGCGAUAAGAGAUCGAGGGUCGAGUGUGAGAUGCUGGCCGGCAUGGAUGAUGGCCUGAUGAGCUUUGCGACCUAUCAGCGUGCAAUGGACAUUGGCGGCAUUGAAGCAGUGUCGUUGACCUUGGGAUUGAAGCACGAGGGCGGGCAGCAAAAUCCACAGCAGCAAAUGAGGCCCUUUGGAACCCAAAUGUUUCAUGAUUUUGUGGGCUGAUGCUGGUUUCAGAUAGCCGUCGAAGCCUUGAUAGCAGCAACUCUUCCUUAUUUAAUGGCAGAGCUUUGGAAUGAAAAAUUCGGUCAGCUGGCCCAAUGACCUGAUUGAUUUGUCGAGUUGAGUCGCUCACUGACGGUUGCAUGCAUGUUGGAUGUUCGGUUGGUUGUAUUCUACAAGUAAUGUGUAGGUUUAAAUGUUUAUGUAACUGCUAUGCAGCACCUUUCCUAUAAUUGUCUUCUAGGUUUAUUCAUGGGCU